GCCGUCGACAAGCAGCCCGAUGCAGCCAAUCCUGGCUCCGGCGGCAUCGACGUUAGCAGAGCCGCAUACAGCCAGCGGCUCAGUUUCUACUACCUCCUGCAGGCGCUGCGAGAGGCUGUUGUGAAUUUGUUGAGCAUCAAUGCCAUUGACUGCAUUCGCACCAACCUUGACACCCUAUGGCCUGAGGAGGGCUCCCGCAACUUGGUUGCCGAGUGCUUAGGCCGACUAUCCCUGAUAUCCCCUAAGCUCCUGAUUGGUCGUCUUCAGACUCAGCUCAACUCUCCAGAGGCCGCCAACUCUGCCCUAACACGUUGCACCCUAGUCACCGCGGCCAAGUACAUUCUCGUCGUAAGCGAAGGAGGAGGAGGAGCUGGCAUGGGCAAUACCGACGGUACCUUCGAAACGGCUGAUCCCGCAACUACC